AUGCAGCAGUCUGGGUCUAGGAGGAAGAAGUCCUGGGUUGGUGCCAGCCCGAAGGUGCAAUACUGCUUCGGGGUCCGCCUCCUCCCACGGACCCGGAGCACGUGCCGGUUUGCAGAGCCGCAGCGGGGAAGCAGACUGAACAAAGACCUGAGACAUUAUCUCAACCAGAGGUUUCAGAAAGGAUCGCCGGAUCACGAUCUACAGCAGACUAUUAGAGACAACCUUUAUCGCCAUGCUGUGCCUUGCACAACCCGCCCUCCAAGAGAAGGAGAAGUGCCUGGUGUGGACUAUAACUUCCUGACUGUGGAAGAGUUUCUGGAGUUGGAGCGAAGUGGGACCCUUCUGGAAGUAGGAACUUACGAAGGUAACUAUUAUGGAACGCCCAAGCCUCCCAGCCAGCCCCUCAGCGGGAAAGUGACUUCCACCGAUGCUUUGCAAAACCCGCAGCCUGGCUCCAAGCAGUCGACUCCAAAGCGAACCAAGUCGUACAAUGAUAUGCAAAAUGCUGGCAUAGUGCAUACAGAGAAUGAGGAAGAGGAUGAUGUACCUGAAAUGAGCAGUAGCUUCACAGCAGAGUCUGGUGACCAAGACGAGCAUCAUACGCAUAUCGUAAGAGAGACAGCCCCACCGUCCGCGAUUGAUAACCACACCAACCUUCCCACCACGGAACCAUCUCAGAACCUCCCUCAAUACCUACCUCCUUCUGCCGAGGAUAACCUAGGUCCUCUGCCGGAAAACUGGGAGAUGGCCUACACCGAGAAUGGAGAAGUCUAUUUUAUAGACCAUAACACAAAAACAACAUCUUGGCUAGAUCCACGGUGCCUGAACAAACAGCAGAAGCCUCUAGAAGAAUGUGAAGAUGAUGAAGGGGUACACACGGAGGAACUGGACAGUGAACUAGAGUUGCCUGCUGGUUGGGAGAAAAUUGAGGAUCCCGUAUAUGGUGUCUACUAUGUAGACCACAUCAACCGGAAGACACAGUAUGAAAACCCAGUUCUUGAAGCAAAGAGGAAGAAACAGCUUGAGCAACAGCAACAGCCACCAGAAGAAUGGACAGAGGAGUGUCCAUCUCUCCCACCACCCGCUGCUCCAAACCAUGUUUCAAACAACCAGGAGGCAGUUCGGGAAGCACCAGUGCAAGGAAAACCUUUUUUUACACGAAACCCUUCGGAGCUGAAAGGGAAGUUCAUCCACACCAAGCUAAGGAAAAGCAGCAGGGGGUUUGGCUUCACCGUCGUUGGAGGGGAUGAGCCGGAUGAAUUUCUCCAAAUUAAAAGUUUGGUGCUUGACGGCCCCGCAGCACUGGAUGGCAAAAUGGAAACAGGGGACGUCAUAGUCAGCGUGAACGACACCUGUGUGCUGGGGCACACUCACGCUCAAGUUGUGAAAAUCUUCCAGUCCAUCCCCAUCGGCGCCAGCGUGGACCUCGAACUGUGCCGAGGCUACCCCCUGCCCUUCGAUCCCGAUGAUCCCAACACGAGCCUGGUUACGUCUGUGGCAAUUCUGGACAAAGAGCCGAUCAUCGUGAACGGGCAGGAAAAUUAUGACUCCCCGGCGAGCCACAGCAGUAAAACAGGGAAAGUAAAUGGCACAAAGGAAGCAAGACCCAGCAGCCCAGCUGAGGUCUCUUCCAACGGACCCCAUGGUUACCCCAAUGACACGGUCUCUUUGGCGUCUUCGAUAGCAACACAACCUGAACUCAUAACUGUGCAUAUAGUGAAAGGGCCUAUGGGCUUUGGGUUCACUAUAGCAGACAGCCCCGGUGGGGGCGGCCAAAGAGUGAAACAGAUUGUGGACAGCCCACGGUGCCGCGGCCUGAAGGAGGGCGAUCUUAUAGUCGAAGUCAACAAGAAGAAUGUGCAGAGCCUCACUCACAACCAGGUGGUGGAUAUGCUGAUUGAAUGUCCUAAGGGAAGCGAAGUCACGUUGCUGGUGCAGCGAGGAGGACUGCCGGUCCCAAAGAAGAGCCCAAAGUCGCAACCACUUGAAAGGAAAGACAGCCAAAACAGUUCUCAGCACAGCGUCUCCAGCCACCGCAGCGGGCACACCGCUUCCCCCGUUCACAGCACGCAGGUGCUGCCGGACUACGCCGCUGCGGAGGCGCCGGCUGCGGAUCAACCGGACAGUUCUGGGCAGAAAAAGCCAGAUCCGUUCAAAAUCUGGGCCCAGUCCAGGAGCAUGUAUGAAAGCCGACCUAUGUCACCUUCGCCUGCAACUGGACUGAGCAAGGGUGAGAGAGAGAGAGAAAUCAAUUCCACGAGUUUUGGAGAAUGUCAAGUUCCAGAUUACCAAGAGCAGGAUAUCUUUCUAUGGAGAAAGGAAACCGGUUUUGGAUUUAGGAUUCUAGGUGGAAAUGAGCCUGGAGAACCUAUUUACAUCGGUCACAUUGUACCGCUGGGUGCUGCUGAUGCUGAUGGCCGCCUGAGAUCAGGUGAUGAACUGAUCUGCGUGGAUGGGACGCCCGUUGUCGGGAAAUCGCACCAGCUUGUCGUCCAGCUUAUGCAACAGGCGGCCAAACAAGGUCACGUCAAUCUGACCGUCAGGCGCAAAGUGGUUUACACAGUUCCCAAGGCAGAGAAUGAAGUCCCGUCCCCAGCCUCUUCCCACCACAGCAGCAACCAGCCGGCCUCGCUGACGGAGGAGAAGCGAACGCCGCAGGGCAGCCAGAACUCCCUCAACACCGUCAGCUCGGGCAGCGGCAGCACCCGCGGGAUUGGCAGCGCAAUCGUCUCGGCGGUGAGCAGGCCGGAGGCGGGGACGACGUUCGGUCGGAUAAUUGAAGGGAGUCCCGCAGACCGCUGUGGCAAGCUGAAAGUAGGCGAUCGGAUCUUGGCUGUGAAUGGGUGCUCCAUCACCAACAAGUCACAUUCAGACAUCGUCAACCUCAUUAAGGAAGCGGGAAACACCGUCACCCUGCGCAUCAUUCCAGGAGAUGAAUCCUCCAAUGCUACUUUAUUGACCAAUGCAGAAAAAAUUGCUACAAUUACAACCACACAUACUCCUCAGCAAAUACCACAGGAGACCAGGAACAACACCAAACCAAAGCAGGAACCCCAGUUUGAUUUCAAACCACCCCAAGCAGCACAGGACCAAGACUUUUACACUGUUGAGCUGGAAAGAGGAGCCAAAGGGUUUGGCUUUAGCCUGCGAGGUGGCCGGGAGUAUAAUAUGGAUCUGUACGUGUUGCGGCUAGCCGAGGAUGGUCCAGCUGAGAGAUGUGGGAAGAUGAGGAUCGGUGAUGAAAUCUUAGAGAUCAACGGAGAAACUACCAAGAACAUGAAGCACGCUCGGGCCAUCGAACUGAUUAAAAAUGGUGGCCGCAGGGUCCGCCUGUUUCUGAAACGUGGAGAUGGCUCUGUCCCAGAAUAUGACCCCAGCAGUGACAGGAACAGUCCCGCCACAGGUUCACAAAAUGUAUCGGAAAUGAAACCCGUGCCAUCCGACCGACGGCAGCACCCAUCAUCGGAGUCCAGUUAUCCACCAGACCUUCACAAAUCAUCACAACAUGGGGACAAGCGGACUUACGUUAGAGACCUAAAAGGCAGCAGAGAGUUUAGCAGACAUCCCAAUGAACACCACACUUGGAAUGGGACUUCUAAAACCAACGACCACGUGCCAGGCAGGAGGACGGAGAGGUCGCCGGAGAGGAGGCACGAGAGGCAGCCGGAGAGGGCAGUGGUGAACGGGCAGAAGCGGAGGUCUCCCGAAAAGCGGAGGGAAGGGACGAGGAGCGCUGACAACACUUUGGAGAGGCGGGAGCGACAUGAGAGGAGGAGAGACCUCUCC